UGCUAACACGGCUACGUUUCUUUUCUCGCGUUUUGACCCAAUUGUUUUUCGUUGGUAACAUGGAUGUCAUUGUCUCUUGCGUUGUUUUUAUUAAGUUAUUACUUCAGUAGCUAACUCUCUUUUUUGCUAAAGUGGUCCGGGUGCUUGAUUUUUUAAAAAUGUUUUUAUUGGGAAAGCUAAUUGUUUAGUUAGCUGGCUAGCCAGGUGGGAUCCCGACAGCUAGCGGCGCUGGUUUGCUAACCAGCCGCAUAACGUACAACAAAGAAAGAAAUGGAUGUCAAGCUCUGCGAUGGUGCCGUGGCUAAACACGCAUCCGCCCUGUGUGCCUUUGAUCGUUGGUGUCACGGAAGAAGGUAACUAUGCCACGCAAGAAGGUAACCGAUGUCUCUGGGAAUGGUGGAGUGAAGAGGAAAAGAGCGAGUGGUAAAAAGAAAGACAGGGAGUUCAGCAGUGACGAUGAGUUUGAAGAUUAUGAGCAGGAAAGUAUAAAAAAAGCUGGGAAACAAACAACUAAGUCUGGACUCCAGCCUGUCACUGUUUCUGGGGAUGCAAAGGAAAAUAUUAAACUUGAGGUGCCUAAAGUCAAGGGUCAGCUGCUUAUUUUUGGAGCCACCAACUGGGACCUGAUUGGCCGAAAAGAAGUGCCAAAACAGCAAGCUGCCUAUAGGAACCUGGGCCAAAACCUGUGGGGUCCUCAUCGUUAUGGGUGUCUGAAUGACGUGCAGGUGAGCAGUGUGGUGUCUGGCUCCUGCGCUGCGCACAGCCUCCUUAUCACCACCGAAGGCAAACUGUGGAGCUGGGGUCGUAAUGAAAAGGGCCAGCUAGGCCAUGGAGACACAAAGCGCUUGGAUGCCCCAAAGCUAGUGGAGGCUUUGGGGGAGGAGGUGAUAGUGGCUGCUGCCUGUGGUCGCAACCACACCCUUGCGUUAACAGAAAACGGGGCUGUGUACUCAUUCGGAGAGAACAAACUUGGACAGCUUGGGCAGGGCAAUCAGACAGACGCCGUCCUCAGCCCAUCUACAAUCCUGUAUAAUGGACAGCCACUGGUUAAAGUGGCUUGUGGUGCCGAGUUUAGCAUGGUGGUGGACUGCAAAGGUAACGUCUACUCCUUUGGGUGUCCAGAGUAUGGCCAGCUAGGUCAUAACUCAGAUGGGAAGUUCAUAGCUCGUGCUCAACGCAUUGAGUUUGACUGUGAGCUUAUCCCUCGCCGUGUGGCCAUUUUCAUUGAGAAGACUAAAGAUGGCCAGGUGCUGCCUGUACCCAAUGUUGUGGCUCGAGAUGUCGUGUGUGGUGCCAAUCACACACUGGUACUAGACUCCCAGAAGCGGGUGUUCUCCUGGGGCUUUGGGGGCUAUGGCCGCCUGGGUCACACUGAACAGAAGGAUGAGAUGGUCCCUCGUUUGGUCAAGCUGUUUGAUUUCCCUGGUCGUGGAGCCACCCAGAUAUACUGUGGAUACCAAUGUUCCUUUGCUGUCAGUGAAAUGGGUGGUCUGUUUUUCUGGGGAGUGACAAAUACAUCUCGUGAGUCAACCAUGUACCCAAAAGCCGUACAGGACCUGUGUGGCUGGAAGAUCCGUAGUCUGGCCUGCGGGAAAAGCAGUAUUAUUAUUGCUGCUGAUGAGAGCACGAUUAGCUGGGGACCGUCGCCUACAUUUGGAGAGCUGGGAUAUGGGGACAACAAACCAAAGUCCUCCACCACAGCCCAGGAGGUCAAAACUCUGGAUGGAGUGUAUUCAGAACAGGUGGCGAUGGGCUAUUCACACUCGCUGGUUAUUGCCCGCCAGGAAACUGAGCAGGAGAAGGAGAGACUUAAGAAGUUGCCAGAGUAUAAUCCACGCACACUCUGAUGGGAUCCAACCCAUUUAUCAUGCUUAUGUUCUCCAGAGGCUUCUGGUUGUUGACCCAGAAUUCCUCUGCUCACUAGGUCACUGGUGUUAGUCACAAUUUGGUUGGGAUGGGAUAUUUUUUUAAGACAGCAGAUUAAAAACUUCAAGAUGAACUAUAAACCGAAAUUAAUUUGGACUGCAGUAUGAAAGGACCUUGCAAUAACCAGUCCACGUGAGCUGGAAAUCCUCCACAACGGCUCAUCUUGUGGCUUCAUGCACCUGUUUUAAUACCAGUAUCUGCAGCUAAGAGGGAAACCUUGUAUGGCUCUCUCCAAGCACUUAAACUCUGUUGGAUUUCUAUCCAUACUUCUACAUUCCUAAAGAAGGUUCAAAGUUUUGUUUGGUUAUUUUUGGGUUUUUUUUCCGUCUUGUUCAUUCCAUGAAGUCGGCUGGGAAGAACAGUUACCUGUCUGCUCUCUCCUAACAAUUGGUGCUAAAUUAUUUAGAUGCAGACUGUCUUUUGCUUGUUGAUAAACUAGCUGGUAUCACUGAAAAGACCAACACUCCAUACUUGUGCCUUUUUAAGUGAUGUAAUUUGGGAGAUGUAUGUCUUGUUGUCCCAAAGAUAUCUCCUCUCACUAUGUAAUCUGGGACCACAGUGGCGCGUUGUUUUCAGAGUAUGCAGGCGCUUUAGUGUUUUAUGUACUGUACCAUCUUUGUUCCCCUGUGCUUAAGCUUUCAUGUCCUCGCAUUUCUUAAUAGUUAUCUUGUACUUGUCAUUGCAAGAAAUUGUAAUUGUCCCACUGUAGGAUGUUCGUAAGCAACAAGCUUCACAUACUGUUCUACGAGAGAUAUUUUACAACUUUUGUGCAAUGCGCAAACCUUUUUUUUCUUAAAAUGUAUGUCCAGGAUUGGGAUGUGGGAUACUUUUUUUCAUGAACAUGUUAAAUAAAGGUUCAUUUAAGUUGGUUA